AAUUGGUUCACUCGCAGGGCAUACCCGAUGACCACAUAAUAGUCAUGCAUCCGGACGACAUAGCCUACGAUAAACAGAACCCAACCCCUGGGGUUAUAAUCAACGCUCUUAACGGUACUAAUGUUUACGAAGGGGUUCCGAAAGACUAUACUGGAAAUGAUGUCACCACCAAGAACCUAUUUGGUCUACUUAGCGGUGAUUCUGAGUUAGUUAAACAGGGAAAGAAAGUGGUCAAAAGUAAUCCUAAAAAUCGUAUAUUCGUGUACCUAAUGUCGCAUGAAUCGUGUAAAUCUGGAUCAAUGUUAGCUAACAAAUUGCCAAACACCUGGAACAUUUAUGCCAUGACUGCAUCGCAACCCGAUGAAUAUGCUGCUCAAUAUUCAUUUGAUUUUGGACCACGCAAAGUUUGUCUUGCUGGGUACUUUACGUAUUUGUGGUCUCAAAAUGCCGACCGCUACCAUCCUAAGGUGGAGACCCUGGACACGCAAUUUCAGUAUAUCGCUGACAGACCUGAUGUUUAUUUGCCAUUUCAAUCUGGCAAUGAGACCUUGUGUAUGAAUAUGACCCAGCACCCACAACAAUAUGGUGAUUUGUCAAUAGCCAAAAAGGGCACAGUUUCGCAGUUUAUGGGACCUGAAUCGAAAAGUAAAUUUGACACUGAUAACAAGCAAGAUAUAAUUAUUGGUAAAUGCAAUUUCACCAGUGAUGAGGACCCGGCUAUGUUUUUAGCUAAAAAACGAGUUGAAUUAGCGGAUGAUAUGAGUGAUAAACAGCGUUAUCAGGAUGAAUUGGAUGGUCUGACUAGAGGUCGUGAAUAUGUGGAUAAAGUAUUGUAUGAAUACGUGAAUAGUAUUCAACACUUAAUGCCAAACAUCGCAACCAAUGCUAUACUCAAUACAAACCGAGAGCUCUAUAACAGAAAGUGUUAUCGAAAAAUGGUCGACACUUUCAAUGAGAAGUGUUUUAAUUUGUCAAAAAAUACAUACGCUUUACAUAAAGUCCACGUAUUCAUCAAUAUAUGCGAGACAUUGAAUGGACGGACAGAUGAUUGGGAAAGUGCUGUCAAACAACUGGACAUAAACCCUACUUUCGAGGUUCAUUCCGAAGCACACACUAAUAGCCCUCACGGAGACCCUGACACCCCAUCUAAAACUACUGGUGCUGUUCAGCCAGAAUCAGAGUCUUCAGUAAUAACUACCACUGAAAGGAUUAAUAUUGAGGCACAGGGAGGACCUGGAGGUCACGGGAAAAUGGAUACAGGAGCUAAAGAGGACAGGGAGGCGGAAGAGAGAAAGCUAAGGGAAGAUGUGAAGAAGGGUUUGGAUAAAGAGUUGUCUCAAAAAUUGAGUCAACAGAUUGCCAAACAGGAAACAUCGGGGACAGGGAUGGGAGGGGACAGUCACCCGCUUAAUACUGUUGAUGAGGGCGCCGAUGGAAAGCCGAUAGGAGAGCAUGGAUUAGGAGGACAGGAAGGGAAUAGUGUUCAUGAGAGAUAA